AUGAACCAAUUGUCAUUCUCAACAUCAGGAGUCCCAGUUGCUGUGGCAUUAAACUUCGACGCUCGAGAUGAACCUGACGUGGAGUCUGAAGAGACAGGUGGACUGAUGAAGAUCAUGAUGUUCUUGGAGUUCGUCGAAAGUUCUGUCAGAGAUUCUAUGCUGCCGCCUGGAAAGGGCACAAUCCUCCACUCCUUCAUGAUGGCGACGGCAGAGAGCCUGACUCCGAGGGAGAACGUGGCCGCCAUCAGAGCGCUGGAGAACGCCACCAUGAACAUCGCCAAGGAUAGAGGAUUCCUCGGCGUCUUCACCACUAAUACUAGCCCUUUGACACAGCAACUUGGUACAGAUGUACUAGGCUACCAGACGCUCCUGGACUAUCAGAUAAACCAGUACGUUGACCCCAACGGCGACAGGAUCUUCGGGAAAGCCCCCGACGAUAUGAGAGCCAUCGUGUGUUGGAAACCCUUGGAGUAACUGUGAUAUAUUUAUAAGGUAACAUAGACUUUAUCACCUACCACUAAAGUACAUUUUAGAAUGUGUUGUUUUGUGCGUUAGAACGUUUUGUGUUUUGCUGUUAAUUGUUUGUUGAAAUUAGAAACAUAUUUUUGAAAAUAGAAUGUUUACAUCUAUCGAAUUUAUAUGUAGUGAAUACAUGAAAUAAUAUAGACUUUAUGCCCUUGCAAUUAGACAUGUUUUAGAUUAUAGUGUUACUACUGAAGUUGAUGCUUGUUGAACUUAGACUUUAACGCUUUUGCUUAAGGUUCAUUUCUGUCAAUGGAAGAGUUCAGUGAUUUUUCUUGCCAGUUUAUAAACAUUUCUGUAUUUUUAGUUUAUUCUUAAAGUAAUUUAUAACUAACCAGUGUUUAGACUAGAAUUGUUAUUAUUUAACCUCGCAAAAAUCUGUGUUUUAAAUUUUAAGUUUGGCCCUUAGUGCGUAGGCACAUUUGUUGCAAAAGCAACUGUAAAAUUACCAAUACAAGGUUUAAUAUCGCUUACACGUUAUAGAACAGUAAGGUUGAUUUUGGUGUAUCAAAAUCUAAAGAAAUAUGUGAGAAUAUUGUAAAAUGCGAUAAAAAUAAAAUGUAGAAAGAAUCAAACGAAUUUAGAGUCACAUUAAUACAUUUAUUAACAUAAUUUAAUACGUUUUACUAUAAUUAUAUAAGUACAAUAUAAUCGAUUAGAUAAAAUAAACCCAAAAAUAACUUAGAUUAUAUUCUAAAAUACAUAUUGAAUAUUAUAUAUGAUAUAUAGAUAUCAUGAGACAUACUAAAUUAACUA